AUGAGUUGUGAGACAUAUGGCUUGAGUUCAGGUAAUUGUGGUCACAAUUCACAGACACUCACUUUCUUAGACCCCGAAGACAGCAAUGAGUUGUUGGGCGCCGACACUCAGGGGUCGGAGUUUGACUUCAAUGACUUCACUCUUCCCUCUCAGUCGCAGACCAGUCAAGCGGACAAUCAUUUGUCCCAAAGAAAUAAUAGAGAACUCUCCAACGGCUUGUCGGCUGAUGUGAACCAAAUCAGUCAUUCUUUCGGUGAACUGAACUUCGAAGAGGAUGAAGAAGACCAGUAUUACAGUAAAGCACUUCCAGAGCACGCGUGCAAAUACUGUGGCAUUCAUGACCCGAGUUGUGUUAUUCAAUGCAAUCUCUGCAAGAAGUGGUUCUGUAAUGGCAGAGGAAAUACGUCUGGCAGUCAUGCGGUGAACCAUUUGGUCAGAGCUAAGCAUAAAGAGGUAACGCUUCACAAAGACGGGCCUUUGGGAGAGACUGUACUCGAGUGUUACAGCUGUGGCUGUCGUAAUGUCUUCGUUCUCGGCUUCAUUCCGGCCAAAGCCGACUCAGUGGUGGUUCUGCUCUGUCGUCAACCCUGUGCUGCACAGAGUUGUCUAAAAGACAUGAAUUGGGAUCCGGAUCAGUGGAAACCACUCAUCAACGACCGCACGUUCCUCUCAUGGCUGGUGAAAGUGCCGUCAGAACAGGAACAGCUGCGCGCGCGACAGAUCACUGCACAGCAGAUCAACAAAUUGGAAGAGCUGUGGAAAGAUGGCAACAUUGAGGCCACGUUUCAAGAUUUGGAAAAACCCGGCGUCGAUGAAGAGCCCCAACAGGUGUUGUUGCGAUACGAAGACGGCUAUCAAUAUCAGAACAUAUUCGGGCCGUUAGUGAAGAUGGAAGCGGAUUACGACAAGAAGCUAAAGGAAUCGCAAACGCAGGACAACAUUGAGGUUCGAUGGGAUAUCGGCCUCAAUAAGAAGAUCAUCGCUUUCUUUAAUAUCGCCAAAUCGGACACUGAUAUGCGUCUAAUGCAUGGCGACGAACUCAGACUCCGCUAUUUGGGCGAACUCCUCAAGCCGUGGGCCGGUGUCGGACACGUGACUAAAAUUCCCGAUAACUUCAGCGAAGAGGUGGGCAUAGAGUUGAAGAGCAAUGCAGGCGUUCCCACGGAAUGUACCUCUAAUUUUGUUGUGGACUUUGUGUGGAAAUCGACAUCAUUUGAUAGAAUGCAAGGAGCGUUACGUAAGUUUGCAAUGGAUGAGUCCUCUGUUUCCGGUUAUAUAUACCAUAAACUUUUGGGCCAUGAGAUCGAAGACGUUGUGAUGCGGUGUACGCUUCCUAAACAGUUCUCAGCGCCUAAUUUGCCGGAAUUGAAUCGAUCGCAAGUCUAUGCCGUCAAGCAUUCAGUUCAGAGACCCCUAUCGCUAAUCCAAGGCCCGCCAGGAACUGGAAAAACAGUCACUUCGGCAACAAUUGUGUAUCAUUUGGUGAAGACUGGGAAUACGCCUGUUUUGGUCUGCGCUCCGAGUAAUAUAGCUGUGGAUCAGUUGACUGAAAAGAUCCACAAAACUGGUCUAAAAGUGGUUCGAUUGUGCGCUAAGAGCAGAGAAGCGAUCAAUAGUCCGGUGUCUUUCCUGGCGCUGCACAACCAGAUCCGCAAUAUGGACGGACACUCAGAGCUCCAUAAACUGCAACAAUUGAAAGACGAAACCGGAGAACUGUCUUCGGCUGACGAAAAGAGAUACCGAAUAUUGAAGAAGACGUGCGAACGGGAACUGUUGGAAGCGGCGGAUGUGAUAUGUUGUACGUGUGUCGGCGCCGGAGAUCCCCGUUUGGUUCGCUUCAAAUUUCACUCCAUACUAAUCGACGAGUCAAUGCAGGCCACAGAACCCGAAUGCAUGGUUCCGGUUGUUUUGGGGGCCAAACAGUUGGUAUUGGUUGGAGACCACUGCCAAUUAGGACCAGUGGUUAUGUGCAAAAAGGCGGCGCGCGCUGGCCUUUCGCAGUCUCUGUUUGAAAGAUUGGUUGUGUUGGGAAUACGACCGCUCCGUCUCGAAGUGCAGUACCGAAUGCAUCCGUCGUUAAGCAAAUUCCCGUCAAAUUUCUUCUACGAGGGAUCGCUUCAGAACGGCGUCUACUCUGACGAGCGAAAGAUGAAAGGCAUAGACUUCCCGUGGCCUCAACCCGACAAACCCAUGUUCUUCUACUGCUGUCAGGGACAGGAAGAGAUCGCCGGUUCCGGCACUUCGUAUCUCAACAGAACUGAAGCUUCGUUUGUCGAGAAGAUCACCACUCGUUUC